AUGUCAUCCAAUAGGUCGAAAAAGAUGAUAGAGCUUGUUCAGGUUCGAAACCCGGCGCCACAACCGGCAACACAAGUUAGAGAACAUGAAUCGGUGCCAUCAACUGAAGUAGAGGAAUAUUUUGAAAUUUCGGAAUCGGCUUCAAUCAGCAAUGAAAAUCACCUUCAUAACACUACAGUCGUCCACGAUUACACUGAUGACAUUCAAAAUUUGAAUAUAGCGAUGGUGAUUUAA